AUGUCAGCUAGCGAGAAGUUGCGAUCUUUGAGCGGCGGUUGGGAAAUCGGGGAGAAGGAGGAGGAAGCUGAGGUCGAAGAUGUUUCGACUGGAAGUUUCUCGCGUUUUUCUGUUGGUGACGGCUUGGGGAAUCAGGAAUGCUGGUCUUCGAGAGCCUGCAAAGUUGUCUCGUACCUGUCCUCUAGACUAGGGUUUCCCGAGCUGGACGAGGAUGAAGUGCAGCGUCGUGAGAUGUUUUCAGCGCGGUUGAAGGCCUUUGAGAUUGAUGUCAGCAAGGGGAUCUGGUCGCACGCUGGCUUUGUGAUUGCACUGGAUUUACUUUCUAGCGAACACUUUAUGAUUGCUACUCGCACCGAUUUUUCUCGCGUCUGUUAG